GUGCCCCCCCAAAAAAAAAAAAAAAGAAGAAGCAGAAAAAGAACAAUGAACAUGCAACUUCUAUGUACAGGGGCGAAGACCCAUGCCAAUAAGUGCCUUUUUUUUUUUUUUUUUGGGGAAUAAGUUUUAUAUAAUAUUCAUUCAAAAUACAGCUACUGCAACUUUUUAUCUGUUUUUUUAUAAAAAAAUAUUCCAAAUGGGAACCUCUAAUUUCUUCACCAUUUUGUAUGCUUCGGUGAUCUCUCUCCCGACCUUGUUCUUACUCUGUAGUGCAGCAGACAACAUAACUCCAACACAGUCCCUCACCGACGGCAUGACUUUAGUUUCUUCAGACCGAAGCUUUGAGCUUGGCUUCUUCUCCCCUGGCAGCUCCAAGAACAGGUACUUAGGAAUAUGGUACAAGAUUACCCCUGAUGUCGUUGUCUGGGUUGCAAACAGAAAUAACCCACUUCAUGAUUCAAAUGGCUCAUUGAUCAUUACCAGCCAUGGAAGUCUACGUCUUCUCAAUCGAACCAGGGGCAUCAUUUGGUCUUCAAAUACAUCAUCAAUGGAAACAGGAAACAACCCAGUUGCUCAGCUUUUGGAGUCAGGGAAUUUUGUAGUUGGAAACAGAGAUAGCCUCAGCUCCAAAAUAUAUGCAUGGCAGAGCUUCGAUUAUCCAUCAGACAAUUUUUUAGCACACAUGAAGGUCGGAUGGGAUUUCAAAAGUGGUCUGGAACGACAUAUAACAGCAUGGAAAAGCGCUGAUGAUCCGUCAAUUGGCGACUCCACUUACCGGUUGAACAUCACUGGGAUGCCACAAAUUAUAACUGCCGCGGGUUCAACCAGAAAGACUCGGUCUGGUCUAUGGGAUGGAGUUGAAUUUCGCGGUAUUGUUGUGGUGACUAACCCUGUUUUUGAAGCAGCUUUUGUAUCAAAUGAGAACGAGUCAUAUGUUGGUUUCAAGCAAAAAGUUAACGCAGCCAUUACACGCCUAAAAUUGAAUCCUUCUGGUUCGUAUGAACUUCUUGUAUUGGAAAAUGGAAGCAAGAAAUGGGAUAUCAUGUACACACAACCAUAUGAACCAUGUGACAGUUAUGGAUACUGUGGUCCAAAUGGUAUUUGCAAAAUUAAUAGAAGUCCCAUAUGCGAGUGCUUGGAAGGGUUCGUGCCGAGGUCUCAGAAUGAGUGGGAAGUUCUGAAUUGGUCUAAUGGAUGCACGAGGAAGAUGCCUUUAGAUUGCCGGAGGGGUGAAGGGUUUAUAAAGCUCGUGGGGGUGAAAUUGCCUGACCUGUUGGAGUUUUGGUUGAACAAGAGCAUGAGCCUCCAUGAGUGCAAAGAGAUGUGCUUGAAGAACUGUUCUUGUACAGCUUAUGCUAAUUCUGAUAUCAGAGAUGGAGGCAGUGGCUGCUUGUUGUGGUUUGGUGACCUUGUUGAUGUUCGUGAGUUGAGAGUACAACUUCGUAAGCAGGAUGUAUAUAUACGGCUGUCUGCUUCCGCAAUGAAAUCUAUUCAAGAUGAAAACAUAAAGAAAAGACUAAAGACCAUUAUUCCGGUUUCAAUUCUGGCUGUUUGCAUCUUUUCCCUCGUUGUCUGCUGCAUAAUUUGGAAAGCAAGAAACAAGAAAAGAGGCUUGGGAUACAAGAAAGUAGAUAUAAAAUUACCAUUAUUUGAUUUGGCUACAAUUUCUUCUGCUACAAAAAAUUUCUCUCCUGAACAUAUGAUUGGAUCUGGAGGCUUUGGGUCUGUUUUCAAGGGGAACCUCUCAACAGGACAAGAAAUAGCUGUCAAGAGACUUUCCAAGUAUUCUGUUCAGGGUCUCAAAGAGUUUAAGAAUGAAGUAGACUUAAUCGCAAAGCUUCAACAUAGGAAUCUCGUUGCACUUCUAGGUUGUUGCAUUCAAAGAGACGAACUGAUGUUAAUCUAUGAGUAUAUGCCGAACAAAAGCUUGGAUCAUUUCAUCUUUGAUAAUAAAAGAAGUACUAUCUUGUGUUGGAAACAGCAGUUUGAUAUCAUUAUGGGGAUUGCAAGAGGUCUUCUCUACCUACAUCGUGAUUCUAAACUUCAAAUUAUUCAUAGAGAUCUUAAGGCUGCUAAUAUUUUACUGGAUAACAACUUGAAUCCUAAGAUCUCUGAUUUUGGCUUAGCAAGGAUGUUUAGCGGUGAUGAAAAAGAAACCCGAACAAGGAGAAUCAUUGGAACAUAUGGAUAUAUGUCUCCAGAGUAUGCAAUUGAUGGAAAAUUCUCUGUAAAAUCGGAUGUGUUUAGCUUUGGUGUGCUUUUGCUAGAGAUUGUGAGUGGGAAAAAGAAUAGAAGGUUCAACCAUCCUGAUCACCACCACAACCUUUUGGGACAUGCAUGGUUGCUUUGGAAUGAAGGGAGAGCCUUGGAUCUAAUGGAUGCAAGCUUAAAUGAUUCAAGUGUUGAAUGUCAACUGGUGAGAUGCAUUCAAGUGGGUUUGUUAUGUGUGCAAAAAUUUCCUCAAGACAGACCAACAAUGUCUUCUGUGAUUUUCAUGUUGGAAAAUGAAGGAACAAUAUUGCCUCAACCUCAGCAACCUGGUUUCUUCACGGAAAGGAGUUCAAACGAUGACAGCUCAAUAUCAAGAAACAAAGAAUCCGGUUCCCAAAAUGUAAUGACUAUGACAAAGCUGGAUGGUAGAUAGAGAAUUUUAAUCAUUAACCAUUAAAUUUGCUUCAAUUAACUCAUAUACUUUUGUUAUGUUUUUGUUUUAUUUAGGUGGACAUUUAUCUUAUAUUUUGGAUGUAUAAUUAAGGGUUCUGCUUCCAAACACAUUAAGGAUACCUAAGUAUGCCCCUAACAACUUUUUGACUUAUUUAUACUUAGACAAA